UCUGAAGCAGAAGUCCAGUGUAGAGCAUCACAGCGGAGCAGACGCCCCCCUAACAGCCCUCAUACAGGACUGCAGCAGGACUUCAAACAUCUGGUCAGGAUGAAGAGGAAUCCACAUGAGGAACUUGAGGAAAUGGAAGAAGAAGAAGAUAAUAACUAUAUUAAUGCUCCAGCCUGGACUGUGGAUGAAGUGGCAGCCCCCCCAGACCAGAGGUCUCUCUUCUUCUCUCGGUCUUCUCCACUGAUAGCAGUGUGUUGGCUGAUACUGUUAGUCAUCAUGGGCCUUCGUAUCUACUUUUAUACACGAAGUCAUCAGAGUGAUGAAAGUGGGCUGAUCACAGACCUGACUGCAGACGUCCAGCACCUGACAACACGAAACCAGCAGCUGGAGACCCAGAGGAACAACUUAACAAAACAAAUACAAGACCUGGAGACAAACUGGAAUAAACUCAACGUCAAUCGAGCUCUGUGGAGCAUUGAUGCCUACUGCCCCAAAGAUAAAGAUAAAGGGAGAGAGUGUACAGCUUGUCAGAAUGGCUGGUUUCUCUACGUGUCUAACUGCUAUGUGUAUAAUAACGCUGCUCCUCCUAAUCAGAAAACCUGGGAAGAAGCUCGACAAGACUGCAGAGGAAAGGGUUCAGAUUUGGUUGUUGUACAAAGUCAAGAGGAAAAGGAUGCACUCAAUGAAUACAGCGUGGGUAGUUCAGGAACUGCUGGAUACUGGUUUGGUCUGAGAGCUGAAGGAGGGAGAUGGAAGUGGAUUGAUGGAAGUGAUCUGACUGAAAGCUACUGGACACCACAGCCUCCUCCUGCUACUGACGGUCAGUGUGUAAUGUCUGUCCAGAACGUUGGAUGGAUAUCAGUGAGCUGUGGUGAUAGAAAACAAUGGAUCUGCGUAAUGAAGGCUUUAUCUGUUUAAACACAGCAGUCAGACUCUGCAUGAUAAUAUCAACUGGCUUAUAAAUAUCAACUAUGAAGACUUCUACUUCACAGUUUUUCAAAGCUGUUUGUGUGUGUCUAAAAAAACCGACACUCAGAUUAAACAUAUACCUGCAGUUAGCUUUUCUUCUUCCUUUUAAGAGAUGCAGUGCUUAUAUUUCCUGUUCCUAUGACAUUUUAUUGUGUUGCUCCUGAUUGGCCAGCAGAGGGCGGUGCAUCACUUGUUCUCAGCAGAAUGUUCCAGAGUCUGUUUCUAUAUGUACUUAUACAGCUGAUGGUUGAGUGGUAUCUUUCUAUCUAGAAGCAGUUUCAUAU